AUGAGCGAUUCAACAAAAUCCGAUAAUAUUCCACCUCCUACAAACGCUCCUAAAUGGUACGUCCAAGCCGGAGAAAACGACAUCCGUGGACCGUGCGACACCGAAUCUCUAAAAUCACUUUUAAAAUCCUUAGAGUCAGAAGAUAAAGAAAAUUUAGAACAGCUUGAAGAAAAUACGUAUAUAAAGGGAGCUGUAUUAACAGAGGAAGAAGAGGCCAAAAAACGUAAGAGGGAAAAGAAAAAGCUGUAUCUUAAGAGGAAGAAGCAGAGGAUGGAGUCGGGUGAAAUCGCAGGAUCACUGAAAAGCCAUACAGUUUAUGUAUCCGGACUUCCAAAGGACACAACUAUUUCUGAGGUCGCAGAGGUGUUUAAGAAGGCAGGACUUAUUAAAAUUGACCCACAUACAACCUUACCUAAAAUUAAGCUAUAUACUGACGAGAAAGGUGAACUAAAGUCUGACGGAACUGUCACUUUUGUAAACAAGGAGUCAAUUGACCUUGCAAUCAGAUACCUAGACAACUACCACUUUCGAGACAACUGUGUCAUUCACGUGGAACAAGCUAAAUUUGAACCUCGAUCUACUCAAAUCAAGCCUAUUCCACCUUCAAUUAAGUCUGAGCUCAGGAAGAAAUACCUUGCAGCAAAAUAUGAGGAAAAGAGACUCCAAGGGUGGUCUGACACUUUGGAUGACGGCACUGGUAGACGUAUCGUAAUUUCCAAGCCAAUGUUCUCCAUGGAGGAUGCAAUGAAAUACGAGGCUGGUGACGAGUUUUACGAGGAGCUUAAGGAGGAGAUUCUUUCUGAAAUUAAGAAGUACGUUGAAGUUGAAAAGGUCACUCCCAUUGCUCGCCACCCACAAGGGGUUGUUUGCAUAAAGUUUAAGAACUCUUCUGACGCUGAGGUUUUCAUUUCGAAAUUCAACGGCCGGAUGUUCGAUGGGAGAGAACUUGAGGUGUAUUUCUUUGAUGGGAAAACUGAUCUCCAAGCUCAGACAAUCCCAAGCAAUAAAAUUAAAAAACCAGUAGUGGAAACGAAGUUGAAGGAGGACGAAGAUGAUGAUGUAAAAUGUGAUUGGGUUGAGGAACAAAGCAGUGACGAGGAAUUUGAAAUUAGAACCGAGUAA